AUGCCCAUUUUUUCUCUGCACCCAUCUCCCCACCACCCUCCCUCACCCCUCUUCCCCAACCCUCUCCCCCACCCCUCUCCCUCACCCCUCUCCCCCAACCCUCUCCCCCACACCUCACCCCCAUCUCUCUCCCCCACCCGCUUGCCCCAACGGCCUCUACCCACCCGUCUCCCCUGCCCUGCUUUCCCGCACCUCUCCCCCACUCUCCGCACGCCCCACCCUUACCCCUCUCUGCCACGCCUCUCUCCCAACACUUCCCUAAACCUCUUUCCCAAGCCUCUCCCUCAAACCUCUCGCCCAACCCGCUCCCCAACCCCUUUUCCCCCACGCCUCCCGCCUGUGCCUCCCCUCCACGCUUCCUUCCAACACCUCCCCCUCUCACGCCUUGGCCACACGCCUCUCCCCCACCGUCUUCCUCCCCCAUGCCCUGAUCCUGCCAGGAGGAGUCAGCUGGCGAGGAGGCAGUGGGAUCCAGUGGCUAGCGCAAGUCAAUGGGGGGAGUGGGGUGAAGACAAGGCAGUGCCGGGCCUAUUCAGCAGGCGCAAGGCCAAGAUGACCACUAUUAUCACGUCUCCCUCUGGGCACUUGGCAUUUUCUCUGGCAGGCAGUGUGCUCCGCCUCCUCUGA